UGGGAUAAAGUGCAGCGAAGCCGCCGCACGGCUGCCCCUGGCAUCGCUUUGAUCGCUUUGAGGCUGUCCGGUCGCGCACCGCAUCGAUUGGCCAGACCGAUGGCGAGCGCACGUGAUGCCGCGAGCAAGUUGGAGCAGUCGCGUGCUGCCGUGAGGCGGCUAAAUCAAGACCUGGAAGACAUGGGCCUUGACACCAAGAUGACGCACUACGUUGCGGGGCAGCCUUUCACGGCGGAAAUGCCCGAGGACACGCUCGUCAGGGUGGGAGCCCUCAUGACGCCCAAAUGCGGGGGCUGCGGCAGGGUGGACGAGCAGCGGGCGUUCCUCAAGUGCGCCGGUUGCAAGGUCACGCUCUACUGCUCGCGAGCCUGCCAGAAGAAAGACUGGAAAACGCACAAACCGAAUUGCAAGUCGAUUCGGCGCCUCCGCAAGUCGGAGGCGCCGACGACCGCCGACGGCGCCUACACGUUCGAGGGCCUCGCGUUCCUCUACCAGGAGCACGCCAUGUCGAAGGUCCAGGGAUCAAAAAUGAUGGAAUUCGCGCACACCGAGCAGGCGACCGGUCGACGGAGCGGCCUCUGGCCACCUCUGUGGAACUUGAAGGGUCGCGCCGGGCCGAUCUCCGGACGUCGUGAAGUUCUCGCGGCGGCUGGUCUCCCGGGCGUGCCGGACAUCCUGAAUAAUCCGCCCGACGCGUUGAAGGCGCCGCCGAACGACGCUGGCGCGACGGCGCUGAGGGCCGGCGGGCACUGGCAGGAGCUGCAGCUGCGCCACUUCGGCCCGACGGCGCCGUCGGGCGUGGCGGCGUCCUCCUGGGAGGACAUGUACGAAAGGUGCCGCGAAGCCAGUCGCCAGCAUCCCCUCAGGUGGAUCGAAGGAUUCGUUCUUCGGCCCUUCGUGAAUCGCUUCGUCUGGUUCCGCCUCCCUGGCAAGUCCGGGCUACAUCAACCCAACCAAAAGCUACUUGAUCGCAUCGCCUUCGACGGGCCGGUGCUUCGCCUGGACCAGGCGGCCUACGAGCGCGCGCACGCGGGCACAGAAUUCGGCAAUCCGGCGCCCGAGGUCCCGUACGGCCCGUGUAGCAUCGCGGCGCCCCAGGGACAGGACUACUUCACCAUCGAGCAGUUCGCCUGCGCGCUGCACGCGUAUUAUUUCCGGACGCUCAAGCCGGACGGUUCCCCCGCAAAGAACAUGGGCUUUCCCCAAAAGCCCGGCGGCGGGGACUUCUUCGCCAUCGGCAGAAUCGCGCCCGUCGACGACGCCCUCGUGAAAGGAGCCUCCUAUCCCGACGCGGUCUACGGCUGUACGUGGGUAUGAUAAGUCUC